AUGAAGUACGACGACGCGAGGCUGCUCUGCGCGCUGGGCCUGGUGCUGCUCUGCGUGGCGGCCAACUUCCAAGGCGCGCACUGCUUCGGCUUCAGCGGAGGCCAUGGAGGUGGCGGCGGAGGCCACGCAAGCGGCGGGGGCGGAGGCCACUACGGCGGCGGGAGCAGCGGCGGCGGGAGGAGCAGCGGAGGCGGGGGAGCCCGUCCGGUCGUCUACGGGGCUGGCGCGGGCGCGGUCGCCGGUGCGGGUGCGGGCGCGAUCGCCGGCAGGGCCUGGUCGGAUCCGUACAGCGCCGCCGGCGAACCGCGUGGCCGUGGCGUCUCGGGGGUAGCCGGUGCCGCCGUCUUCCUUGCGGCCGCGGCGAUCUUUCGGCGGCUCUGA